AUGGCUGGCAAUAUCACCUUCACCAAGACCUCUAGUGAUGGACCAUUGUUCACCAUCAAUGGUGAUGACAUCAUGUUCAAUGGCAUGGGAUACUUGUUUGACAUGAGCUUCAUUGACAUGUUCCUAGGCGAUGGACUGUUGUUCACCAUUGACGGUGACGACAUCACAUUCAAUAGUGGAAAUGGUGCCAAGUACUGGGAUGGUGAAGGCACCAACGGUGGUGUUGACAAGCCUCAUCCGUUCUUGAAGUUCAAGGGUUCUGGCACAUACUCUGACUUCACAGUCUUGAACAGCCCUGCUCAGGCUAUCUCUAUCAGCAACAGUGACGGCCUCAUCUUUGACAGCAUCACUGUGGACAACAGUGAUGGUGAUGAUGAUGACCUUGGUCACAAUACCGACGGUUUCAAUGUUUCAGCUGACGAUGUGACUAUCCAAAACUCUAUUGUGAAGUAG